UUGUUUACCGAUGGCCCCAUCCUUCUUCAUAUGCUCCGUCCAGUUCCGACCCUUCCUUUCCAGUUCUAGCCGACGAAGCACACCCCCACUCUCUUUCUCUCUCUUCGACUGAAGCGCUCUCUCUCUCUCUCUCUCACACACUCACAUACUACACUCUGCUAUUCGCCCAGCUGCUUCAACUUUCUCUCUCUACCGAGUGUUCUAUCUACAGGCUACACUUCCAUUACUGUAGGAAUAUAGGAAUAUGGCUUUUCGAUUUUGACUGGUAUUAUGAUGUGAAACCCUAGCUUUGGCAAGCUACGGUUAGGGUUUGCAUAUUUGAAGUUCUAGCUCGAUUUUGUUUAAGAAUCUCUGGAUUUAGAUGGGGAAUUGUUGCAGAUCUCCAGCGGCUGUUGCCAGGGAAGAUGUGAAGUCUUCAAACUACUCUGGUCAUGACCAUAACAACAGGAAGGACAAGGCUCACGCCGGGAACGGUAAGAAGGCGUCGAUCGCUGUCCUCACUGAUGUGUCGAAGGAAAAUAUUGAAGAGAAGUAUAUGUUGGAUAGGGAACUUGGACGCGGAGAAUUUGGAGUGACUUACUUGUGUAUAGAUCGAAGCUCGAGGGAAUUGUUGGCCUGUAAGUCGAUUUCGAAGCGGAAGCUACGGACGGCUGUAGAUGUUGAUGAUGUGAGGAGAGAAGUGGCGAUCAUGAAACAUUUGCCGGAGAACUCGAGUAUUGUGACAUUGAGAGAAGCUUGUGAGGACGAGAAUGCGGUGCAUUUGGUGAUGGAGCUGUGUGAGGGAGGCGAGCUCUUUGAUCGGAUUGUUGCGCGUGGACAUUACACGGAGCGUGCAGCUGCGGCAGUGACUAGGACGAUUGUGGAGGUUGUGCAGCUGUGUCAUAAGCAUGGAGUCAUUCAUAGAGACUUGAAACCAGAAAAUUUCUUGUUUGCAAACAAGAAGGAGAAUUCGCCUCUCAAAGCUAUUGAUUUUGGCCUGUCUAUCUUCUUCAAGCCAGGUGAGAGGUUUUCUGAAAUUGUUGGAAGCCCUUAUUACAUGGCUCCUGAGGUGCUUAAGCGUAACUAUGGACCAGAGAUUGAUAUAUGGAGUGCAGGUGUCAUUCUUUACAUAUUACUAUGUGGUGUACCUCCAUUUUGGGCAGAGUCAGAACAGGGGGUUGCACAGGCGAUUCUUCGUGGGGUAAUAGAUUUCAAACGUGAACCAUGGCCAAGUGUUUCUGAAGGUGCCAAGAGUCUUGUAAAGCAAAUGUUAGAGCCUGAUCCAAAAUUACGACUUACAGCUAAACAAGUGCUUGAACAUCCUUGGUUGACAAAUGCUAAAAAGGCUCCAAAUGUUCCCCUUGGUGAUGUUGUCAAGGCAAGACUAAAGCAGUUCUCAUUAAUGAAUCGCUUCAAGAGAAAGGCUCUUCGUGUUAUAGCCGAUUUCUUAUCGAAUGAAGAAGUGGAAGACAUCAAAGAAAUGUUCAAAAAAAUCGACACGGAUGACGAUGGUAUCGUUACAAUCCAAGAACUAAAAACCGGACUACAAAAAUACAACACACAACUCGCAGAGUCUGAAGUCCAGCUUCUUAUCGAAGCUGUAGACACAAACGGAAAAGGGACAUUGGAUUACGGUGAAUUUGUUGCCAUUUCACUCCACCUCAAAAAAAUGGCAAACGAUGAGCAUCUACACAAGGCCUUUUCUUAUUUUGAUAAAGAUGGAAACGGUUUCAUAGAGCCUCAAGAGCUUCACGAUGCUUUGAUGGAAGACGGUGAUGCCGAUGGUGCAAAUGUUGCAAAUGAUAUCUUCCAAGAAGUCGACACAGAUAAGGAUGGGAAAAUUAGUUAUGAGGAAUUUGCUGCGAUGAUGAAAACGGGAACCGAUUGGAGAAAGGCUUCGCGACAUUACUCAAGAGGGAGAUUUAACAGUUUGAGUGUCAAGUUGAUGAAAGAUGGUUCUAUUAACUUGGGGAAUGAAUAAUGAGCAAAGCAAAACAUUUGGGUUGAUGAUUUUAUAUUGUAAUUAUGGGUUUGUGUUUGGUUAGAUGUGCUCCAUUGUUGCCAAUUACAAGGAUGUUUGGGUAGGGUGUGUAUGAUUCUGGCUCGUGUUUUCGGGACUUUUGCUAUAAAAGAUUUGUUAGGCUUUACAA